AUGAAGAAUAAAGAUUCAAACCUACAAGUACGAGGCCAGUUGAUGCGGGUUCUGCGGAAUUUUAACAUAACUAAAAUAAGUGAUUUGGAAUUAAUUUCCAACAGCACCGACCGCUUGGACAUAACGUUUCAUUUCUUUGGGAUUAAAGGCGAUUCAAACCGCAUACGUGAGGCAAUCACGCGUAUGGUGGAGAGAGGACGUAUUGGUAACAUUACACUGGUCUCAAAUUACCAUUUGUUUGACGAAAAUCCACCGCUAAACCUUCUUGACAUGACAAUUAACCAAAAAUCAGCGAUACGUGAAGAUGGUGAAUUUAUAAUUUCCUGCACGGCACAAGGAUCCUCACGUAUGCAAUUUCUGUGGUUUAAGGACGGAGCUAUUGUGAAUGCAUCGAAAGCCACAAGAGAAAUUUGGACAACUGUUCUCCCACCGGAAACGAAAGAUGUUUUUACAGCUAUAUUGGGCGUAACAAAAGCAAGUCGAAUGGAUGAAGGGAUUUAUACAUGCAAAGUAACAGACUGGGGUGUCGAACAAUGCCGUUCCUUGCACAUACAUGUUAAAUCACCGCCACGUCUACGUGUUGAUCCUGCCAGUGUGACUUUAGAGCGUGGUGACUCAUUGCGUGUUCGCUGCUUGUCACCUGGCAACGAUGAUAUCAAACGCUAUGCUCAGCUCGGCUACAGUUGGACACGAAACAGCAUGCUCUUUCAGUCUGAUCCAGCCAACGUUAUGUGGGAGGAUCUGUAUCCUGACGGCAGCAUAUUAAAAAUUAAUAACAUACAGAAAUCUGCUGAGUACGCUUGUGUCGUUUCAAACACUGUGAAACCCGUUUCCAAAAGUGUAUACAUUACUGUUAUCGAUCGAAAUGCAGUACAAGUAUGUCAUGCAGAAACCCUGUAUGGUGUGCGUUGGCCUACAAGUGCUCCAGGAGCAGCAAUUAUAUCCGAUUGUCCACGUGGUUUUGAAGGACAUUCACGUCGAAUUUGUGAAAAACAUGAUAUCGGUAAUUCAACUUGGCUAUUACCCGACUUUUCAAUGUGCAUACGAGAUCAAUUGUUAAAAAUUUAUAAUGAAUUCCGGGCACUAAGUGCUGGAUUUCAGCAGUCCAAUUCUUCGGCCAUACUGAGAGCCUGUUUUGAAUACACACUCAGAAGAUAUACGCACUUUUUGCCUGGCGAAGCUGGAUUUUUGGUGGAUAUGUUGCAUGAGAUCGACUCAUAUUUGCAACUCAAAGGCACACAAUUGGAGCGUGAAAUGGCAGCCGAAAUUAUUUUGCACAUCCUAGACAAAGUGAUGCAGAAUGCAAAGUCCUUAAAUAGUCAACAGCAAAUCAAGAAGUUGCAACUCCUGACACAAUCUGCAGCACUCAACCGUGAAACAAUUGCUGCUUCUCAAUUAGCAACAUCAACAUCUACAUCAGGAGCUUCAGCAUCAUCAUCUAUAUCAUCCUUAAGUGCUGGCAGUACUUCUGCAUCAUCAUCAUCAUCAUCAUCAUCAUCAUCAUUAUCAGCUUCGUCAUCGUCUUCAUCAACGUCACUUAUCGUGUCAUCUUCUCAGGCGUCAUCGUCUUUCUCAACAGCAACACAAGCAGACAUUGCAGUUACAUCGUUGUCACCAUCUCUAACAACAACUACAACUUUGACUGGCAGUGGGCAGCAUUUAACAGCCACUUUACAUAAUACUGACAACCAUGGCGGUACCAGUGGUACUACAAACGCUGUAGGCAGCAACAGUGCCAACAAUAGUAGAGGUGGCACCAACACUGCUAUCGGCAGCAUUCUAACACUUGAUGAGGAUUUAUUAUCAUUAGAUCGCCUUACAUCUUUACGUAUCUACAUGACAUCAGUAAAAACUUUACCUUUCAAUUUGCGUAUCUAUGGUGAUGAUUUAUUUUCGGAUCAACUUUAUAUGGAUAUUGGACUCUCAUCACGUUUGCUUAAUGUGAUGGCCAACUCCACAAUAUUCGCUUCCGUCAUUUCUUACAAAAACUUAAAAAGUUUUCUUCCGAAAACUUACUACACACGUGGAAGUGAUCCAAAAGAAACUGAUUACAUAUUGGCAUCGCGUAUAAUUCAAACCUGGCUUUUUCAAUCCAAUCGUUCGAAUGACAACUUUCGUGAACCGCUCGACUUGCCUUUUGAAAGUGGACAUGUGGAAAUAAUAUUUCAACAUGAGAGUGUACCCAAGGAUAGUGACUGGAUGGCAGUAUGCGGACAUGAUUACAAGGCAUCCUUUGAGUCCACUUGGCGAUCAGACCUAUGCAUAACUAAAAAUCUGAUGGAAAAUAUAACCCGUUGCAUAUGUCCUCUUUCAGGCACCUAUGUUGUGAUGUUGACCAAGAGGAACUCGAAUUCGUCUCAGCCUAAUAUGCCGCACAGUCCAUUAUUUGUUAUCAUUAGCUGUGCUUGCUGUUUGCUACAGUCGUGCUCGGCAUUUAUUAUUCUACUCCCGAUUUGGUUCAACAGGAAAUGCGCCAUUACAUUUCUGAAAAUGCAGUUCUGUGUCUCAACUUCCAGUAUAAUGGUUAUCUUCUUAUUGGGAUUUCUGAAAAUGCUACCUGUGAAUUGGCAAGCCAUUAUUAGCUCUUCUUUAGCCUCAUUGCUACUAUUGGGGGUAUCGACACUCAUAGCGAUUGCUUUGGUAAUUCACUCAGAACUAGUUCCUAAAAAGCUGUUGCACUCUACAAAAGGAGUAUCUGCGGCAGCAACAUCAACAAACGCCACACAGCUCACGUGCUCAACAGCAAAUAUAGUGGUUUCCAAUAUUGAGCAACAGCAGCAAGAACUGGAAAAACGUUGCGAAGCCACAAGUGGUAAUGUAAUCACAAAUAUAACUCAAAUCAGCAACAGCAACAGAUCGAGUACAACCGGCGCUAAUGCAAACAACACCACCCACAACCGAACAUUGAACCAUGGUGCUGCGGUCGAAACAAAUUUGCCAUCCGGCAUACGAGGCGCAAUUGGCAUAAGCUGGUUAUUGCCUUUAUUGUUUGCCAUAACUUCACCGCUUAUUUGCAGCAUUAUUGGCAAAUGGCCACAAAAUUGGUGGUUGGAAAUUAUGACCACAACGACGCACACAGCCACCACAUCGAUGGGUGGCGAUUCCAUCAAUGAACAAAGCUCAAGUAGUAGCAGCGCUAAUAACUACUUUUUAACACACAUGCCACCACUCGUCAGUGAUAAUAAUUUAAUAGAGACAAAUACAGCAAGAGCAACAGCAACAACAAAUCCUUUCCUGUCAUCUCAAAAUGGAAAAACAACAACAAGCCAACCAUUCUUUUUAGCGGAAGGAGUUUCGUCAUCAUUCUCAUCAUCGACAACCUCGUCGUCCGCAAAUUGGUAUUAUCCGCAGCAACAACAUCAGCACAGGUUAAACUCCGAUACAACCAACACCGAUAUGAAUGCCGAUGGUAACGCCUAUACAACAUCCUCCUUAAGUUUCAUCAUUUUUAUUUGCGUCGAUUUGCUCUUCAUUCUCCUCUUCCUGGCGCUAUUUGCCAUUUUAAUCAAGAAGCUUUUGUGGAUUUGGCAUAAAAAUCGAAAUGUACAAACGCGUGCCAUAGAAAAAUUCAACGCAACAAUGGCGCGAAGAAUCGGACUACUUUAUCGUUUAGGAAUUUUACUAUUCGUGAAGUUAUCAACUGACGCGUUAUUCAUAGCAUAUGUGAACUCCUCAGAAAAUUCAUUAUGGUGUUAUCCUUUCGGCAUAUCUUGUAUUCUAUUGGGGUUCACCAUACUACUAAAUUUUGUACUAAAAGCGGAAUGUAAUCUGCGGACAUCGACUUCAAGCAGAACAACACUCAGUUCCAGUGAUACACUAAAAAAGAAAUUGAGCUCCAGCAAAACUAGUUUGGAUGAGACCUACUGCACAGCGGCUAUUAGUAACCCAUUAAACUUUUAUACCGCCCAUGAAAAGGAGAAAGAAAAUGAAGGUAGUGCACCACCGCCACCAUCGUUAACGACUCUAUUACAACCCCAACAGAUGGACAUGACAUCUGGUGUGCAAUUGCCGCUAACAAUAAUAUCCACAGCUCCCCGCUGUCAACUAAUACCAACUAUGGCAGGCAUACAUGAUCACUCCAACAGUGUGGACACAUUUCUUGGUGCAAGUACGCUAGAACGCAAACCUUCGACACAUGUUACGUGCUUGCAAGACUUGCAACAGCAACAAGUCAAGACAGCUUCAACAAUUGCUUCAACGGCGUCAAGAUGCUGUAAUAUAUUAGGCGGCAAUGCUAAUACCGCAAUGCAGACUCUACCAGCAAUAGUGGCUAGUGGUGGCCCUGUAAGUUUCUAUGAUGCAUAUGGUAGCCUUGCUGUUGGCAUGACUGGAAGUCUUGGACGACGUACACAUAUACCACAACAACAUGCUACGCAUGAUUUCAUUGGUGUUGAAACGCUUGAUAUUCUACAGGGUGUAUCACCAGAUAGCAUCAUUGGUAUACGCACUAGCAAUAUACUUCCUGCAACACAAUAUCACACUCAACACUUACAGACGCAGCAUCACAAUUCAUAUGUUGAUUCGCACAUGUUGCCGCCAGCAAUGGUAUCUAUCAGCAACUUAACUGCUCCCCCUACAACCUACAGUAGUAGCAUUGGCGCGAAUAGUUGCAGCAACAAUCCCACAGUAACAACAAUUACAACCACAUCAGUAACAACACAAACUCCGAAAUCACAAAAGCGCGUUACAAUUAUGGAACCAACUACACACACUUUUGAUCCAAUGCUGCCAACAAUGGUAGCCGUUUCAGGAGCAACUACAUCACAUUUAUUAUCAACUGUGGCUACAACAACACCCACUCCAAUCAUCACUAUUACUUGCUCAUCAAUCGAUGACACAAAUGCAAGUUCAUGCGAUCCACUAGCCGUAACAACAUCAGCAACUACUACUGAAGCCACUUCAGAUCUCACAACGACUUCUUGUAGUACAACUCCAGACGAUGAUAACUCCAUCAACGGUAUGUUUGAUCGAAUAACACACGAUCUGGACUAUUUACUCAACCGUACAAAUGAAAUACCACCACCCCCGCUACCACCCAGUGGUUCUAUACCCACUGAUUCCGUAAGUAUGGCUGCAUCGCCAGUAACUAACCGUGUCUCUGAUAUUAUUAUUGAAGAAUGCGAACAAGAACUGUAAUUAGCUAGCAAUUGCAAAUAUAAUCUGCACCAUAACCGCGUGUAUUUAAAUUAAAAAGAUUGUAAUUAUAGAUAAGUAAGGGAA